AUGAACGUCAAGCACGCAUUCGACAACAUCCAUGGAUUGACCGAUGUCAAGAAUGUGCUUCUUGGACGCCAAGAUAACAAUGGAUACACAUGCCCCAACUGCAACGGCGCUCUCUCCCUCACCGAGAAAAUGACUCUCGGAACCAUGCUCUUGACUACCGGAACUACACUCGGCUCCAUGCUUUACUUUACAGAAAAGGUUGCAGCACAGAAUUCUCUAGUCACCUCGACUUUGUUGUUCCCAACGGUUAUGAACCCCGGUUUCAUUACCCAUCUCGACACGGUUUAUUCUCCAAACGCGAAAACUGCAGAUUUUGAUAUGCUUAAGAGUCCACUUAAGGAUAUUGAGAUUGAGGAAUUCUCCUAG